UCUAUAUACGUAAUUAAGGCAAAUAACUUAUUUCUUAAUGCUUUCAUACGGUUACCUAAUAUAAAAAGGCAGAAAAUGUAGUUUCGCGGCCAAGAUUCCGCUGCUCGCUUCCCGCUGCUUUCGGUCUGAAUGAGCCCUAAUAUGUAUGUACCGGCUGUACGUCAGGAAACUGAUUAUGGUAAUGUUCUAGUGGAUUUUCACUAGCUGAGAAGUGUCAAACAAUAACCUAACAAAUACAUAUAGUAAAUGUACACAAAGUGAAAUUUUUCCGUGAUGGAUAACAGCGAGAUAGAAGAUUUUUAUCAUCACGAUUUUACAACUGCAUCGGAAUGGGAAGUAUUUAUUGCACGUUUAGAAGAGAUUAUACAUGAAUGGAAAAUACCUAAUAAUAAGAUUGGACCUUACUUGAAGUCUGGUGAUUUUAUCAAACAUACAUGGAUUGAGGCUUUUGAGAAAUUAAAUUUUGCAGAUGUUGAGUUCCUCUUGAAGCAUUACAAACUUAAUAUAAAUGAUGAAGAAUCCUCAGCUGGUCCUACAGAAGAAUGCGAAGAUGCAAGAAGUCAAUGCCAACAAGAUGCCCUUGACCCUUUGAAUGAUUUUGCUGUAUUGGCUGGCGAACAUAUGGAGAUAGCUCGUUAUUAUGGAAUUCGAGAGUUUUUGGUAUUGGUGCCUGCUAAGCAGAGUUCUAUUACAGAUGAGACACGUAUUAAAAUUUUACUGAGCUCUCUUAACAUAGCUGCUAUUAAUUCAAACUGCGAGGUUCCACUGCUGGUCCAAGUACAAGAACCAUGGCAGAGAUUUUACUUGGGUGUUAGCAUAGGAAAAGGAUCUACUGCUAAUUUUGAAAUGGUGCACGUAAAGAAAAUACCACCACAUUGCAAGCACUUGACAGGGCUGCUUUCACUAUUCAAACAAAGAAUUGGAGCUGGUUCUGGCUUCAGACCAGAUCCUGUUAUGGUGUCAAUACGUUUUACCUACUUGCUCAAAGAUUGGACUAACAGUUCCUGGACUCAGGAGCCACCAGAUUUUGAUUUUAUGCAGGGGGAAACACUAGGUGUUGCUGAACUUGGAAAGCUUCCUUUUGGAGCCACAUUUGAUCCUGUGGGCGAAUUGCAUUUAUUUACUACAUGGCCACAGAUGUCUGAAAAUGUCGUAGUGGACAGCGAAGGUUUUACCGAUUUGGAACCUCAACUCGCACCAGAAUGGACGGUGCAGGUUAAAAUGGUGUCAUCAUCAGCUUGUCUUCUUGGCGAUUAUCUUACUGACUUUCUAUAUCUCUGUAAAAAUCAGAAGACAUUGGUAGACCUUCUUGGUGAUGCUGCCAGUUACGUGAGCAGUGAGGAUCAAGUGUUGAGUUCAGCUUUUAAUGCCCUGACAGAAUCAAGGAUUCCCACGAUUUCCACUGUUGUCGGAAAAGCAGUCACGAAGAAAUCGAAAAACAUUGACGGUCCAAUUGCCGAGGAAGUGCUUUUGCCUAUCCUAUAUUUCUUAUUCCCUGACGCAGAAGAUAAUCCGAAAGCACCAUACUCCGAUGUAAACAGUUACGGAGUGGAGGAUGAUCAAUGGAGGGGCAUAAAAACAUGUGCAGUAAACAGUUUAGUCUGGCGAUUAUCUAUAGUUGCAGCGCAUUGUGCACAUAACUUGGGCGGUGCAUCUGCACUUGCACAUUUAUGGCACGAAUUUGUGCAGGAGAUACGAUUUAGGUGGGAGAAAAGCAUCCCCAUUCCGGGUGUUGGUUCUGGAUUCCCUGAUUCUGUACGGACGUGUCUCUUGCAUCAAAAACUUCAGAUGAUGAACUGUUGCAUCGAGCGGAAAAAAGCACGCGAGGAAUGCAUCCUGAAGUCGCAGAGUAUGGAUAUCGACGAUCCUGAUACGGAAUCCGAAGAGGAAUUCUUUGAGUGUACCAGUGAGGAGCCUACGGAUGAGGAGGAACCUUCAGUGAAGACAGUACAGAAAACUAAACAUUCCUUAUGGAAUAGACCUGCUGGGAGAUUAGCUAAGCAUCCUAGUCUUCGUCUAGUGAAAACUGGAGAAGCACUUUAUCUUCCUGUCACUCAGGAUCCUGUUCCAAAAACUGAGGAUCAACUCGAGGAAGAUGCUCAAGUGAUGAUGCAGUUAGGAACCGAUCAGCAUGCUUCGGAAAUGCGUGCAAGGCUUAUGAGUGCAUCAUUACUUUCGGAUAUGGAGUCGUUUAAAGCAGCCAAUCCAGGAGCUGUACUUGAAGACUUUAUUCGCUGGUAUUCGCCCAGAGAUUGGAUAGAAGAGGAGGGAUUGGAUGAAUGGGGACAGACUAAUGGUCAUCUGUCACCAAGAAUGAUGAUUCCAAAUAAUCCAUGGUCCAGAGCUUGGAGUUCCGCACAGCCGGUUCCGGCCCAUCGUCAGAAACGUCUCUUUGAUGACACUAGGGAAGCUGAAAAAGUUAUACAUUAUUUAGUUUCUCAGCGUCUCGGUCAAGUUGCUCAACUGUUGUUACCAUCUUUGACACACGCUGCGCUCUAUACGUUAAGUUUACAGGAACAGGAAGCUCUGCCAAAUUUGCCUGACGUCACACAAAGUAUACUUAACAAGCUACAAUUCGCUACCAAACCUAUUCAUCAAAAAUUACAGUUAUAUGAGGAAAUUACAUUUGAUAUUGAGGGAGUGGAGGCGUUGGUAGCUCAAGUGAAUUCCUUACAACACAAGCUCGGUGGCAACACUGAUUCAAAAGAAUUGACAUCCUUCUUGGUGCAACUGAUGCGCGGCAAGGAAGUAAUUGUUCCUGGUGGUUCCACGGGAUAUAUUGGUACCAGAAUCACGACGAUGUUUCGAGAGGCGCAGAAGGCUGUUCAUAUAUUGACUAUGAGUAACAGCAACAAUGAAAUGGAUGUUUCCGGUGAUAACAAGCAGAAAACCUUCCCGGAACCCGUGUGUAAAGAAUUUAUCUUACGAGCUGUUACUCCAAGACCAUCUCCGACCUCAACGCCUCAACCUCAACGUUUAUAUGCUUGCCUAAAGCGUGAAUACAUAAGAAUGGCGGGUUUGUUUUCGGAGGAUACAAUAUUUAUAUAAUCGUCACGAUAACGGAAAUUAAAUAGAUAGCAAAAACGAUUGCUUGACAAAAUUUGUAUAUAUAAAUUUUAUUGAGUAUAAACUAAACGGUUGCACAAUAAAUCAUGUGUUUGUGGAGCCAAGUUA